UCCACACCUAAGCUGGCCCUGCCGUUAGAUUUGCACGCACUCGAUUUCAAGCUUCCCUUUCGCUCCUCCUCCUCUCUCUCUCUCUCUCUCUCUCUCUCUCCCUAAACCUCGAGCAUCUAGGGUUUUGGAAUCACGAAGUCUCCACAGCCGAGGCACGAAACUGCGUCGUUUUACUCUCAGCGAACUCAGAAAUGCUGCCGAGGUGGGGCAGAGCUCUCACUCAGCUCUCGCGGCUGGGCUCGCAGCGUGGUCUGAACCACGGAAACGAUUUCUAUGCUAUUUCGCGCCAAAGCUACGCCAAGGCAGCUGUGGCUCCUGUUAUGGCUGAUACUCUGGAAAAAGGCCUCCCCACCGAGCCAGUGGUGAAUUUGGACAAGCUGUUUUGGUCUAAGCCGUGCUCAUUGGCUUUGCCUCCGGAGUCGCCGUUGAGGAUUGAUGAGCCGGAGUAUGAGGGCAUUAAGCGUGUGUUUCUUAAGCUCAUGCUGUUUUAUAGCAAGCAAAGCAAGUCUAUUCGAGGGGCGAAUGUGGUGUAUAAGAGAGUAGUUUCUCAAGUUGAUAAACCGGCCAUAUACGAAGUGUUCAACCUGGAGAAAACUUUUAAGACAACAUAUGCUUUGCUUGUACUUCAUAUGUGGCUUUGCUUACGCCGGUUGAAACAAGAGGGAAAAGAAGGUGUUGAGUUUGGGCAAUAUGUGUAUGAGAUUUACAACCAUGAUGUGGAACUUAGAGUCUCUAAGGCUGGGGUCAACUUGCUACUGAGUAAAUGGAUGAAGGAUUUGGAGAAGAUAUUCUAUGGAAAUAUUGUUGCUUAUGAUGCUGCUGUGCUUCCAGAGGCAAGGCUGGAUGAUCUGCCAAAUGUCAUAUGGAGGAAUGUCUUUUCUGAUGAUGGUUCAUCAAAGCCAGAUGAGGCUGCAUCACGAACUGUCCAGGCAAUGGCAAGAUAUGUUCGCCGGGAAGUUAGUUGCCUGUCCUUAACAGAUAAAGAAGCUAUGUUUUCCGGCAAUUUCAUGUUUACUCCACUAAAAAUCGAGAAAGCAAAAUUGGAGGGGUCCAGAUGAGAAAGAAACUAUCCAGUCAUCUGCAGAUUUUCGUUGUUUUGGGAGAUAGUUUUCAUAUAAAAGAAAUCAUUCACUUGUAAAAGACUACCACAAUAAAUCCUUUGUAUAAUUAUCAAAAGCAACCAUUUUUGUUUUUA